UUUGAAAUUGAAUCCAUAACACUUCGUCUUCGAUUCUCAUCACUCUCCGCCGCCGCCGCCGCCGCUAAACCAACCGUCUCUCUUUCACGCAGUGACAGCGUACGCAAGGAACCAAACCCUAACUUUCGUACCAUACCUUCUUUCCUCUCUCCGCGCUGCCUCUGAGGUUCGCUUUCUCCUCUCUCCGGCACACACAACUUCGCGCUGCCACUCUGGUCUCCGUCUUCCGUGCACAGCUCGACUGCGACUUACAGUCUCACACUCACUGCUCUGCUCUCUCUGAAACAUUAUCAACGAUGGUUACAGACGGAACCAAAAAGCCGAAUGUUUCAGUACCUGUUGUAGUGCCACCUCGCAAAAUUAAUGUGCAGAAGUUUGCAGAAUCCCGUUCCCUCGAGAUUCAGAGCCUUCAAUGUAUCGUUGAAAAUAGAGUGAACAAUGAUUAUAAGUCUCAAAGGAACAAGAGAAGAAGAACAACAUCAUUUAAUGACCAAAUUGCAAGAAAGGGCCACAGAAGAAAGAGCCAAAAACUGGGAGUAGUUGAUAAUUCAGUUUUGAAGAAGGACAAUAUAAUGCAGCUUCCUCGACGUGUUCGUCGAAGAUAUGAACUCAAGAAUAACCCAGAGAAUGGAUUUUGCACUUCUGGGGAUGGAACAAAGAGGCUGAGAACACAUGUUUGGCAUGCAAAGAGAUUUUCCCUGACCAAGCUCUGGGGUUACCACCUUCCUCUGGGUCUUCAAGGAAGAGGGAAAGGUUCGAGGGCAAUGUUGAAAAAGUUCAAAAAAGGGGUGCUAGUACACGAUGCAAGCUAUUAUACUGCUGUUCAAUUGGAGGGACCAGAGGAUUCAUUAGUUUCAGUAUUAAGAAUGGUACUUGUGCCCUCUCCCAUAACAGUAGCACAUCCCAGAAAUCAUGAUGAUUCUGUUCUUUCUGGUACAACCUAUGGAACUGCAAUGCUGCAUCACGUUGGAGCACCAGUUUCUCGGCCAAUUGCUCCUGUAACAUAUAUGUGGCAACCAACUUUCCAACAAAAUAUCACUGACCUAGGUGUCAGACAUGAUUGUUCUUCUUUUAGACAACAGUAUAUCAGUGAUGAAAAAAUUAAUCCUGAUGUUGAUUUAUGCGAAAAAUCAGACAGAAUGGAGUGCAGUGAUUCAUUUAGACACCUUUGGGUGUGGAUACAUGCAUCUGCCUUUGAAGAAGGAUAUGAUAAUCUAAAACUGGCCUGCCAGAAAGAGAUGGAAAAGAGAGGCAUCUCAAUCAAUUGUUCUUCUCUUGAGGGUCAACUUGCAAAAUUAGAAUUAAUGGGAUCAGGGACAUUUCAACUUCUUCAGAAGAUAUUGCAUCCUGUUAGCAGUAUUUCAGAAAAUCAUUGGCAGAUAAAUAAACACGUGCCUAUAGAAGAAAACCACAUUUCUCAGAAAACAAAGUUUUGUAUACUGAAAAAUGCGGAGCAUUUUUCUUCUCGUGCAAUGUUAGCUCUUAAUGUUAAGGAUCCUCGAGAUUUACCUGUGAAAAGGUCUGUUGUUCCAGUGGAGCCAAUUUCAACUGAGGCACUAAGUGAUGAUGCACAAGAAGCUAAGUGCAAAGAGCUUGUAGAUUUGGGGGGAAUGUUGGAAACGAAUAAACAAUUAUCUUUGUCAGAAUUUGGAGACAACCAGUCUAAUAUUGAUGAUCUAUGGUAUGCUACGACCAGAGGGUUGAAGUGCCCAGUGGAAGACAGUGUCCUUUCUGAGGAGAAGCACCGUGAGCGAAUGGUUAAAUUCUGCCUUGAUGACUUAAAUUUUGGCGUGGCUAAUUCUUCAACCAAAGAGCAGUGCUCAAGAUCUUGCCCUAUUUUGCUUUUAAAAAAUGAUGAUACGAAGGAAUUGACCAUGGGAUGGUCUGUUAUACUUCCCUUAAGUUGGGUUAAAGCCUUCUGGAUUCCACUUGUCUCUAAUGGGGCACAUGCAAUUGGUUUGCGAGAGAAGCAGUGGAUUGCAUGCGAUAUGGGGAUACCAUCUUUCCCGUCAGAUUUCCCAGAUUGUAAGGCAUACUCAUGUUUCAUGGCCGCUAAAGAAGCUGCAUGUAAUCAAAAGGCAGAACUUCGUCCUGCUUCUGUAAGGAAUUUGAGAGUUCCCAUCCUGUCUCCGUGGGGCGUUGUUCAUACUACUCUCAACAAAGUGAUUAGCACAAUGGAGACUCUUGACCGUUCAGCUAGGAAAGAUUUGACCAAUGUUAAUUCCUUGUCAAACUCUUGCCCUAACCUUAAAAUUUCAAAUUUUGACUCUGACAAUUCAUUCGAAGGAACUGUAGCAAGGACAGGUUGUAUGCUGACUACGUUACUCAAUGAAACCAAAACUGGCCAAUUGCUUUUAUUUCCUUAUGCAACAGAUGGAAUGACUAGAAUGUCUGAGUUUAUUAAGGGAGAACUAACACUUGAUAUGGUGCAUAGAAGAUCUGUCAUUUAUGACCAUAAGCUAUGUUUUGUAAGAGUUCAUCUUCACCCAUUCAAGGAAGGCUUUUUUGAAGAGGGGGCAGUUAUUUGUGCGCCCUGUCCUUCUGAUAUAUCUUUAUGGACUUCAAGUUCACGUAAAAGUGAAAUGGGACUUAAACUGUCUGAGUGUGCUAUGAGAUCAUACUUCAAAGAGAAUUUCUCCGGCAAAUGGGAAAUGCAGAUACCAGAUGGUUCAGUUGGUAGAGAGUCUCACCGGUGGCCUAUUGGCUUUGUCACGACAGCUUGUGUUCAAGGAAGCAAGAGGCUUGUAGCAGAGGGAUUUUGUGAGGCAGUUUUACUAUCUCAUUUAAGAGAGGAACAGUGGACGGAGAUGCCUGCGAAGCAGAAGAGGAAGGAAAUAUACGUACUUGUCAGGAAUUUAAGAUCUGUUGCAUAUAGGCUAGCUCUUGCUUCUAUUGUUUUAGAGCAUCAGGAAAAUGACAUUGACUGUUUGUAAAGUGAUUUUAUGUUGGAUUGAACUUUGCAAUUUACAUUGUUACAAAUAGGGCCAAAUUGGUAAAACUUUCCUUGUUAGAAAAAGGGAAAAGCAACAACAUAGAGAACAAUGCUUACUUUUAUUUUUAUAAAUAAAAUUAUUAUGUACAAUCAUAACAUUUGAAGUUAUCCAUACUUGUAAUUAAUCCAAAAUUGAUUCUGUUAGUUUUUUUA